AUGGCAAGCUUGGUGUAUGCAAAUGUUCCUCAUGCAAAUUCCACCAUUGAUGAUCUAUUGAAACUCUUCUCAUCCAAAGGUCUAACAAUUAACGAUUUGGUAGUCUUAUCGGGGGCUCAUUCCAUUGGUUUUGCACACUGUAAAAAUUUUGUGAACCGUCUCUACAACUUUAGAGGGACAGCAAAGCCGGAUCCAGAUAUGGAUCCAAGGCUCCUUAAAUCCCUUAGAAUGUCAUGUCCACAAUAUGGUGGCAACAUCAAUGUUGUAGCACCUUUUGAUGCCACAACUCCAUUUGCAUUUGACAAUGCAUAUUAUCAAAAUUUGCAAGGGAAAUUAGGGUUGUUGGCAAGUGAUAAAGCAUUGUUUUUGGACCCUAGAACAAGGCCUUUGGUCGAAGCUUUGGCCAAAGAUAAGAACAAGUUUUUUCAAGAUUUUUCUGUGGCUAUGGAACAUUUGGGGAAUAUUGGUGUGAAAAGAGGAAAGAAGCAUGGUGAGAUAAGAAGGGUGUGCAAUAUGCAUCUAUAA